CAGUAGAUGUUACAUCAGACUUUUAACCCUGUCAUUGGUGACUCGCCGUGUGCGUCACUUGCUUUCAUGACAUGCCGCUCAGUACAGGUGGGUUUAUACAGAUGUGGAGAAUCUGGUGAGAGACUGACUUUUGUUGAGACGUGUCAAGCCUCCCACACUCCGGGCUUCUCACUGGUUUGUAUAUUCUCGCCGGCGAUGAUUGCAUUUAGAACAAGAACUAUCCGACCAGCCGCCGGCCAGCGAUCCUGUACCUAGAGCGGCUCCGUGCGCAGGCAGCGCUGGAAGAGCUCACACCCUGGGAAGGAGCAGGAAUAUGGACCAAAGUGGCAUCCAUGACAUUGCCAAUAACCCGGCCGAAAACACGAGUAACUCCGCUGAAGAUGAUCUGUUCAGGACCUGCUUGGUUUGCAAAAGGGAUCUUACAAAUCGGGAGCCCAGAUUAUUGCCAUGUCUUCAUUCGUUCUGCAAAGAUUGUGUGCCGGCUGGAAGCCGCAACCACAGUCCUCCAUCUCCAGUCGGCCAGGAGGACAGUAGCCGGGAAGGUAUUAUCUGUUGCCCUGCUUGCAGGCAAACGUGUUACACAGGCGAUGUGGUGGACAACGUCUUCAUCAGAGAAUAUCCACCAGAGUCACUAAACAUGGACACGCAGUGCUCAGCAUGUGAAAAUAAACCAGCCUUCAAGUUCUGUUCAGACUGCAGUAAGUGGCUAUGUAGUGCAUGUUCAGAAGAGCAUUUGCAUGGGACAGAUACAAAGCAUCAUAAGCUGUUAACCUCCGAACACGCUGCAGGUGACGAGAGUGAAGUCAAUAAGUUCUCACUGGUCUGCCCACUUCACACCAACGAGCCACUGAAGCUUUUCUGUGAAACCUGUGACAUCCUGGUCUGCUGGACUUGCCAACUAACACAACACAAAGAACAUAGUUUCAAAUAUCUGGAAGAUGUUUUACAGAAUCAGAAGGUCACUUUGGAGGAGCUGACUCUGAAAAUGGAAGAGAAAAGGAUCAAAAUGCAGAAUUCAGCAAAACAAGCACAGGACAGAUUAAAUGAAUUAAUGCAAGUGAGGAUGAAGGUGGAAAAUCAGAUUAAGAUGGCAAAAAUGGCCAUGUUAAGCGAAUUAAACAAACGAAUGAAUGUUCUAAUGGACCAGGUGGAGAGAAUUACAAAUGAACGAAGGCUUAAACUGGAGCAUCGACUUCAAACAGUGAUGGGAUUGUGCAGAAACCUCGAGCAUGUGUUAAACUUCCACAACUGGGCGGUUGCGAGGAAGAACAAUAUUCCUUUCAUAUUCAGCAAGGAACUGAUCUUGUUUCAGAUGCAUCGUAUACUGGAAACCGAGUGCAACACAGAUUUGGGACACUCCAAAAUUCAUUUUCACUGGGAUUCUGUCUUGUGGACUAAUAAGCUCUCUGCUUUAGGUCAUUUAUCUUUUGACUCUGAAAAUUCAACCCUCCAGGAAUGCCAGUCCUCGUUCCAUCAGCAACCCUCAGUACCUUCAGGCACUGCAGAUCACAGACCCUGUUUACCGCCAUCCCUUCUAUGCCAAAGUCCUGGCCAACAAUAUUCCGUCUGCAGAAAUCAUUGUACAGAUACAUGUACAAUUCAAAAAGACCACAGGAUUGCAAGCAGUUUUCAGAAUCAUCAGACUGUAGGUCAAAUGGUAGAAAGCAUGCAGCAUCCGCUUCAGGUGCAGUACAGUGGAAUGCAGCAGAAGCAGAGUCAACAGAAAUAUUUUACAUGUCCAUUCCCAGAGCAACCAAUACAGCCAUGGCAUGCGGCUCAAACUGGACCUGAGCAAUGCACAGUUUUAGCCGGACAUCUUCAAACACAACAUUUGCAGCCACGAUUGCAUUCAGCAUCUACUGCACCACAACAAGGAAGCAUGACACCAAUGCAUUUGGUGACCUUACAGCAACCAAAGCACCUUGUGCAUCGGCCUCAAAAGACGCAACAUUUUCAAAUGCAACACGUACAAUUAUCAAAUCAAACAUCAGUGCAGCCAUUUACUAUGAAGCGGCUGUUACCACCAGAACAAAUUCAACAACAAUUCUCCUUUAUAAAGUCACAGGGGAAGCAUCCGUCUAAGGAAACAGGCCAACAGAGUCAACCAGAGCAAAUGCCUAUUAAAGUUCUCCAGCAAGUACAUCAGUUCCACCAGGCCCCACAGAACAUACAGACUGCUUUGAGGGAAUUUGUUCGAAAAAAGCAAAAUAUUCUAGUGGAAGAUAGUGGGCAACAAAGAGCGAUGCUGAAUAAUCAGGCCCGACAGAGGGAACAGAACCAGGUGCCACAAUUCAAUGUGGUCAAUCAAGUGGCUUGUUCCAUUUCAAGCCAAAUUGAAUCCACAAUACCAGUGCACAAGGAAACUUUGCAACCUGACCCUUUAUUGGUUGAAUUGCAUGCACCGCCAAUCGUGCCCAGAACUCACCACAUGCUGCCAGAGAAUAUACCUGUAAAUUUGGAAGCAAAGAAGAAAAAAUACAAGUUGGAAGGCAGUGACACAAGAGUACCAAAGGAAUCUAUGGAAACUGAAUCAGACCCUUUCAAAGAGCAUAGCUGCAAAGAACCAAUUACUCUCUCUGAUGAAAAUCCGAGAGUCAAUGAAUCUCCAGAUUUAAUAAUGAAUUCACCGGAUGAAUCACCAUGUGACAAAGCAAACCCGAGAGCUCAAAUGGAUGGGGUUAAGGUGCCUUAUGUGCGUUUAGAUCGACUAGAACUCAGUGCACCAUCUACAGAUCAGCUCCCCAUCUUCAAAGUGCAGUCAACUGUUGAUGAAGAUGAAAGCAAACACCUUCUCACAAAGGACAGCCAAACCUCAUGUAUUGCAACAAGGAACAUUGAUCUGGACAGCGCACUCACACCACCAAACUCAAACCCUCCCCCUCCUCAACAAAGUGAGCUUGAAGAUGCGCCAGUGACCUCUGACCUGCCCCCUGAUGUUGCAGCAUUCCCAUCCCCUUUGGAUGAGAAAUCAUCUGAAGAGAAUUCUCAGACAGCCUCAAAUGCUGCAGAUGCUACUGACGACAAUGAGGACUAUUGCGCAGUCUGUUUAAAUGGCGGCGAGCUAUUGUGCUGUGAUCGAUGUCCAAAGGUGUUCCAUCUUGGAUGUCAUGUGCCUUCUCUUCUCAGCUUCCCAAUGGGUGAGUGGUUGUGUACAUUGUGUCGGAAUGUGGUGAUGCCCGAAGUGGAAUAUGAUUGUGAAAAUAUACGACAUAUUAAUGAAUAUAGGGGAAUAAGAACAUUCCAGGGACUCUCCAUUGGUGACCAAAGGAAAUGUGAAAAAUUGACUUUGCACCUAUACUGCUAUCCACUGAGCCUGCCAUUCCAUGAGCCUGUUAGCCCACUGGCCCGUCAUUACUACCAGAUCAUCAAAAGGCCAAUGGAUCUUUCAACUGUCAGGGUGAAGCUUCAGAAAAAGAACCCACUGCAUUACUACACACCAGAAGAGUUUAUUUCUGAUAUUCAGCUUAUGUUUUUGAACUGUGCAAAAUUUAAUUAUCCAGAUUCGGAGGUGGCCCAAGCUGGAAAAAGCUUGGAAACGUACUUUGAUGAAAAACUGCAAGACAUUUAUCCUGACAAAAGCUUUACAGGAACAACCCAAGAAUAUUCUGAUUAUGAAGAGAUUGAUAAUGAAGCUGGCACAGUCACUAUUAAUGGCUUUAAUUGGCCUACAGAAGAAAAGGAGCCAGUGAAGUCAAAGAAAAGACGCAGACAUGGUGCAAAUCACAGCCAUAAGGAUCACAAAUAGUGUUGCUGGCUGAAUGUAUAUGUAUCAUGAAUUGAUCCUCCUUUCCCUUUCUCUCGUCCUUACAAUCUAUUUUUCUCUUAUCUCUAUGUUCCAUAUUUUUUUUUCAAAAAACAUGUCUAUAAUAAUGUUUGGAUCUCUCAGGAAUGUGGAUACUUGCCAGUUGUUUUCAUCGUUUAUUGUGCAGUAAUUACACUUGUAUGAAGUAUAUUAUGGACUCCUCCUUUGUGUGAAAGACUUACAUAACUUGUCCACUUCAGUAUUGUUUUGGAUGGAUAGUUGUGGAAGAGCAUUGAAGUGAUAUUUGGCAUCAAGUAUUGAGGAUUAUUUUAGUUAGUAUAAGAUUUGCAGAAUGCAGUGGGCAGUCGUCACAUUUCUUUUUUCAUCAUUUAAGAUAAAGUCCAUGUAAUGAAAACUACUUUAAUGAAGACAUUUCCAUGGGGGUCUGCCUAUUAUUCCACGUUAGUAGUAAAUUUGGAAGAACUUGCUGUGAAUUAUUAUCGACUUUAAGCCUCUGACAGAUUUCCAAAGUUGGAAGUGUUUGACUUUCAACGAUGCUGUCAAGGAUAUCCCUUGGCUUGUGUGUAAGUUGUUGAGCGAUAUCAGUUUGGCCUUUGUAUUUCAGUAUCAAUUGUUGCAAAUUAGUACGAGGUGUUGCUUGUGUAGGGUGUGAUGAUUAUUUGAAUCACUACUGGUUUAUUGGGAUGGAUUUUAUUAAUUUAGUAAAUGCUGAAGUGAGGCAUGCCUAACUUUGUUAAACUACAUAGAUUUUGAUUGUAAAGCUUUGAAACUUUGAAUAAUUUAGUUUCACAAAUGAGCAAACACAGUUGACAAAAUUGUUUUUGGCAGACGUCUGGCAUAAUGAUGAUGUUAUGCCACAAGAUCCUCUUUUUCAACAUCUUAUGUACUGAUUUCGAAAAGAAAAAAUGGUAAUGUGAGGGUUUGGGAUGAUAUCAGGAAACCUCAUACUGUUUGAACAAGUAGUAGUUAAUAUAUGGUAAUCCUUAUGUCAGCUAUUGUAAUGAUCUGUGAUGUGAACCUUUUCUAUCGCAUAGAACAGCAGCUUCACAUGCAAUUUGGCGUGUGACUUUCCAGAGUGAUAUGAGUGACUGAAGCAAGUCUUUAAAAUGAAAACUGUACGAAUCUUGGAUUAAUUAAUAAAUGAACAAAAUAACCAUUCAUGUCAAUACAGUAUCAUUAUUUAAAUGCGAUACUUUUAAAAUUAGAAUACUGUUAAAAAUAAGGACAUUAGAAAAAUAUUAGAUAUUUAAAUUCCAGAUGUAGAAAUAGCUUCUGACUGACAUUGAAGUUAAUGUUGUUUGAUGACUGUCUUUCACUAAGAAUUGUAUAUUUACUAGUUUUAUACCACGGCAGGAUAUGUACAUUGUCAAGAGGUUAUCAUUAAAUUGAUUUCAGAAAAGUAGCUAUUCUUAUAACUCCUGUAAUAAAGGGUAUUAACAUGGCUGAA